AUGGCACCUCUAAACAUCAUCAUCUGCGGUGGCGGUUGCGCGGGGCCUGCACUUGCUUACUGGCUUUCCCGUAGUGGCCAUCAAGUCACCAUCGUCGAACGCUUCCCAGCUCUCAGGGCCACGGGAGCCCAGAUUGAUCUCCGUGGCCAGGGCAUUGAGGCGGCAAAACGCAUGGGGCUCUUGGAUACGAUCCGUGGCAAGCUCGUCGAUGAAGAUGGCUUUGCCAUAGUCGACUCGCAAGGCAAGGUCAGGGCAACUGUUAUGGCCAACAAAUCCGGAAAGGGUGCCCAGUCUCUCACAUCCGAGUAUGAAAUUAUGCGCGGUGAUCUUGUGCGCAUUCUAUACGACGCGACAAAGGAUAAAGUGAAGUAUAUAUUCGACACAUCGGUUGAUCGUUUCGAACAAGAUGAGCAAAAAGUCACUGCAUACUUCUCCGAUGGCUCAUCCGACACAUUUGAUCUUCUCGUUGGAGCAGACGGCCAGGGAUCGCGCGUUCGGAAAGCCAUUCUGCCCCCUGGUUCUCCGGAUCCUUAUCGUCAGUUGGGGUUCCACGCCGCCUACUGGUUUAUUCCGCGCAACGAGACUGAUACCAAUCUCAGCUACACAUACCAGAGCCCUGGAGGUCGAAUGAUUAUGCGCCGAAGUCACAGUCCAACAGAAACACAAAUAUACUUUUUCCUCAGAGACGACGCUCUUGAAUUUUCGAGCAUUCAUAGGGGUUCGGUGGAACAACAAAAGGAAUUCUGGACCCAAAAGUUCCGUGGCGCUGGAUGGGAAACAGACCGGUUCUUAGAAGGCAUGAAGACGACAAACAACUGGUACUGCCAGGAAGUUGUCCAGGUACAAACGGAUACAUGGCACAGAGGCCGGGUCGUUCUUUUGGGAGAUGCUGCUCACUGCCCUUCUCCCUUCAGCGGCAUGGGUACUACUGCCGGACUUGUCGGUGCUUACAUUUUGGCUGGUGAGAUCAAUCGAAACACUGAGAAUCUCUCCCAGGCUUUUGCAAAUUAUGACAAGACCCUUCGGACAUUUGUGGAUGAGGUACAGAAUGUGAAGCCUGCCUUGUUGAGACUGGGAAUGCCGUUGACAUGGUGGGGAGUCGCUAUUCUACAUUUCAUCUUUGGACUUGCGUGUUUCCUCCGCCUCCCCGAUUUGAUAUCAAGAUUUUCAAAGGAGAGAGAUGGGGACUGGAAAUUACCCGAGUAUUCUGAACUAGAAUAUUCUAGGGAAUAG